UGCAAGAUCAGCAUUAUUUCUGUCAGUCGUUGGCCGAUAUACUCAUUUACACAGUUUAUCAAAUUUUAUUUCAUUCAAUGCAAUUCUAUAAAUUUCCGCAUAUCAAGAAUGUCUAUUUUGCAAUUUUUACUUUCGACGAGUUUUCACAAUAAAACCCCACUUUACCACAACUAGCCUAUUCAGCUACUUUCAGUUACUAGGCAAUAGGAAUUGCUUUUCCUUAGUGGAGUUGUGCAACGGAAGGUUAUCAGAUUAUGGUAAUAUUUAUGUCAUGUAUGAACAUGCGCCUGCUUUUGGCACCUGGGCUGUGCAGUCGUAACAGGCCCGCCUAUGUCGGGUGAAAACUCUAAAAAGGUCGAUUAUAUCAACGUUAUAUAAUCAUACUUUGAAUAGAUCAUACUUUUUCUUUUCAAUGAAAAGCUGGCUAACCAAAUUACGAUAGCAUCUUCCCAAGCACAUGAAAUUUUUAUGUGUUUUUGCAAUUUAGGAUAUAUGUUGCUUUUACUUGUGCUGUAAGAAAUGCUUUGAGUAGUUUAAAUAAUAAAUUUGGACAGUUCCUCGUUGUCUCAUUGAGUUAUUGCCAAUGGUUGGUCUCGAGCUAACUAUCACGUAAAAAAACCUGCCAUGUAUAAAUAUAUAUGAAUUCAUAUAUAAAUAUAUAUGAAUUAAAUCGCAGUCUAAAAUUAGUCCAGACAAUGACAUGGUACUCCGUAAGGUAAAGUCCCCCGCCGAAUUAACUAAAACGAUUUCAAAGCACACCUACUGAGGAAAUAAUCAUAUAACCUCCCAUGCAUAGCGCUCUCAUUGUAUGUCAUUAUAUGGUCAUAUAACUCAUAUUGUUUGCGUCGUUCCGGAAUACGGCGAUAACUAUCCGACAUUUAGACCUCGUGGCUUCGUGACGCGUUCGGGAACGUUCGCAGAGUCAUCGCAUCUGCUCAUCAUAACUAAAUAUAGCUGGAAUGCUGACAAUGCCAAUGCUUCAAUAAUACAUACCGAAAGUAUGAAUAAAAAACCGCACUAUUUUAUCCACUUCUUUGUUCACAAAGAAAUUUGAAUAUAUAGCCGCCUCACGCCCACCAGAGGUCAACUAUAAAUCUCAGCCGUAUUGCUGUGUAAUAGAACAUUAUCACAGAUAUAGCCACGGAAGAAAAGUCACAAAAUAAUAGGCGGUAAUUGAUACAAAAAUUUAUGGCAGCUUGGAGACCUUAUAGUAUGGUGAAAGGGCCAGUUGAAGUCGACAUCUCUUCAACUUCCAGUGAGGGUGGGAGUUCUGCACCUAGCAGCCCUAUAUCAGACGCUGGGUCGUUUAUCGUUCAGCCUAAAGAUGAUCUUGUUAAGAAGGAGCUUAGAGAUGCAAUUAGACACAAACGGUUGGCGAAAGGUCUUGAGGAACUGCCUGAGAUUGAGGCCAAAAAGCCGAAAACAGAUGAGCUCACACCAGAGGAAGAAGAAAAGCGAAAAUUAAGAAGAGAGAGAAAUAAAAUGGCCGCCUUUCGAUGUAGACAGCGACGGAAGCAACAUAUUGUGGAAUUAGAACAGGUGACAGAACAGAUCUCAAACAGCAAUGACGACCUGGAGAGAGAAAUUGAAGAUUUAAAAGAACAGAAAGAAAAACUCGAGGAAAUGUUACAAAGUCAUUCUUGCAAGAAGGAACGGAACACUUCGCGUGAUGAAAACAAAGAAAAUAAUGGCAAAGAUGAUUGAGGCAGAGUAGAAGGAGAAUUUUAGCCAAUUUUGGAAAGCAACGAUGUGGGCUUUCCGCAAUUUGAUGUUUAUUUGCAUAAAGUCGCCAACUCCUUUAGGCAAAUUCCACCUAGAAUUUCAUCAUGGUCCCACCAUCAUAGUCACCAUCAGAGUCCCAUGCGCGAGAAUCGAAUCCAUUCAUCAGUAAAUCAAUUCCAAAUGAGACCGUCAUUGUCUUUAUGAAAGGUUCGCAAAAUAGACUCAAACGACUAAAUCAGCGCGUGAAGCGGUGUAAAAAAGCCGUUUUUUUAUAUAUAAAAAUAUAUAAAAUCGUGUACAUUGUGAAUGUAACAUAGAUUAUAUAUUAGAUUUAAAAUAAAAUACUCCAAGUAUUGAUGACAUAACACUAUAUGCACUAUAUUAUCUUUCUUGAAUAUUCGAAGGAUGCUUUAUUAUUCCAAAGUAGUAUUUCCGCAUUUCAUUGCCUAUACAACAAUCAACAUCGUACGAUUUUGGACUUCCUCAUCCACAAAACAAAUUCACGAAAAAAUGAAGGCUUUUUAAAGACGAAAUCUAGUUUACGGCAGAUUUAUUCGCGCCUUAAAACUAAUCCGUGCCAAUGGCAAUGAAUAGUACAAACUCUUUGUAUACUGAACUUCCAAAUUUUUGCUGAUGUAAUUAUCUGAGUUCGUUUAUAUUAUUUAUUUCGCG